AUGGCACGCUCACAGAAAAAGUCGAAAGGAAAGUCGCCAGUCAAGAAGGUUGUUUCCAGCAGCAAAUCGGCGAAGAAGGACAUAACGAAGAAAAAGUCCAAGAUCAACGAUUCGAACUUCAAGUACUAUAUUCACAAGGUCUUGAAGAGUGUUCAUCGCGACAUCAGCAUCGGCAAAAAGGGUAUGGCCAUCAUGAAUGACUUCAUGAUCGAUGUGUUCCAACGAAUUGCUACUGAGGCAUCCAAUUUGGUCAAAAUCGACCAAAAACACCGAGGCAAAGCGGUAGUAAUGAUCACCAGCCGUCACAUCCAGACAGCCACCAGAUUCGAAUUGCCAGGUGAAUUGGCGGUACAUGCCGUGAACGAAGGUACCCGAGCCGUACGAAAGUACCUCGACAGCAAGAGCAAUGAAUAA